GUAUCGACUCCUACAAGGAGAAGAGUGAGAGCUGCCAGAAACGACUGGCCGAGCAGAGCCGAAUCAUCGACGAGUUCACGGCCUACAUCCAGAAGAUCAUCAGGUAGGACGGUGUUACCGGACAUGGACUGGGGGGGGGGGCGACUGACGAUACUGUGGUGGCGGUAGUGUGGCUUGCGUUGGUGGGGCUGGGAUUGGUGUGGUUGGUAUUGGUGUGGUUGGUGUUGGUGUGGGUGGCAUUGGUGUGGCUGUCAUUAGUGUGUGUGUUUAUUGGCAAUGGUGUCUUGCAUAUCAUGGAAUGGCAAUAUUUUCUAUUUGGAAUUCAUCUUGUUUGGGAAUGUGUGUUACACUGGCAGUGGCGUAGCCAGGGUUAGUGUCCAGGGUUGGGUCAAGAUUUUUCGUCGCCACUUCCAUGAAAAAAUAACCGCAAUGGAUCGAAUAAAGAGAAAAAUUCGUAGGAGGCCGGGGGGGGGCGCCCCUCCUCCUCACCCCUUCCUACGCCACUGUAUACAUGAGUUGCGACCAGCAUUCAUUCUAACUAGGUUGAUGGGUAAGCGUUAAGCCCCAUCGUAUGAAACUGGUGAGUUGACACUUGCAGGAGAAGUUUACAAUGUACUUGAUGAACAUUAAACGUUGACAAAAAAUGGUCUAAAAAUGAAAUGGUCUAAAAAUGAAAUGGUCUAAAAAUGAAAUGGUCUAAAAAUGAAAUGGUCUAAAAAUGAAAUGGUCUAGAAAUGAAAUGGUCUAAAAAUGAAAUGGUCUAAAAAUGAAAUGGUCUAAAAAAAUGAAAUGGUCUAAAAAUGAAAUGGUCUAAAAAUGAAAUGGUCUAAAAAUGAAAAGGUUUAAAAUGAAAUGACCUGAAAAUGAAAUGGUUUAAAAAUGAAAAGGUUUAAAAUGAAAUGAUUUUAAAUUGAAAUGGUUUAAAAAUGAAAAGGUUUAAAAUGAAAUGAUCUGAAAAUGAAAUGGUUUAAAAAUGAAAAGGUUUAAAAUGAAAUGAUUUUAAAAUGAAAUGGUUUAAAAAUGAAAAGGUUUAAAAUGAAAUGAUCUGAAAAUGAAAUGGUUUAAAAAUGAAAAGGUUUAAAAUGAAAUGAUCUAAAAAUGAAAUGGUCUAGAAAUGAAAUGGUCUAAAAAUGAAAAGGUUUCAAAUGAAAUGAUCUAAAAAUGAAAAGGUUUAAAAUGAAAUUAUCUAAAAAUGAAAUGGUCUUACAUGAAAUGGUCUAAAAUGAAAUGGUCCAAAAUGAAAUGGUCUAAACAUGAAAUGGUCCAAACAUGAGAUGGUCUAAAUGAAAUGGUCUAAAAAUCAAUUAAUGGAAACAAAACACUUGAAUAAGUCAUCUGGGUGAGUUGGUAAUAAAAGAUAAACUCAAGAUAAUUUCAAUAUUGUGGAGAAUGUAUAAAGCUGGAGUUCAUAGCACUCAACCGUGCCCGCACACCCUGGGUUUGCGAUAGGCAAUGCAGGGAAGUACGAUGACCCUCAGAAAACAAAUUUGUAUUUAAAGGUGUUUUUUUUUUUUAAUCGAGUGAGGCGUGACGGUGUAAAAAAAAAGUUUGAGAACCCCUGGUAUACAGGAAAUUUGGCGUGUUCGAACACCCCCCCCCCCACGACAUUGAAGGUGAGACUUUGAGAGCCUUGCUUUCAUACAAUGUCCUGUGAUAUUUGACAUACUUGCGUCCCAGCGUGUGGCGGGUGAUUAUCUUCACCAUUCCCAGGCAUGACCUUUGACCUUAGUGAGCAAAACGUCAACUGUCCACAACUCAUCGAUCCAGUCCAAAGUGAUAUUUUAUGUUCUAGGUCUGUUCCAUAUAUUGCCACAUCUCUUUCAGAGAGCAUAGAGUUGUAUAUGAGUUAAAGCGGGAAGAUCUUGUUAUGCAACCUGGGUGGCAAUGUAGCAUCCGAUGAAGCUUUGAAUACAGCAUGUGGCAAUAUUGCAUUUGAUGAACCUUGGUAUACAGCAUUUGACAAUGUGGCAUAUGAUGAACAUUGGAAUACAACAUGAAAUCUCUACUAUCUGAAUUACAAUGUAUUCCAAAAUCAUGCGUGAAUUCACAUUUCCUACCUGACGCCCUUACCAAGGGCCGUGCAAACGGUGGUUAGGACGAAAGGAACAAAUUCUGUUGAAUUUUCCAUGCAAAAUUUGUGUUUUAAAUCUACACUUUUCCGGGAAGAAGGCGCCGAAAUUCAGACUUUGUCAUAGGCGCAGCUUUUCCUUGCCACGCCCCCCCCCCCCAAUUUCCAAACACUCCGUUAUAUAUUCUGGCCGCUGCCCUAUUUUGGGGGGGGGGGGGGGAAGGGGGGGAAAGGGGGGGGCAAUUAUAGCUGUUCUUCUGAAUGAACCAGCUCUUAAUUAAAAACAGACAAAUCUUGAGAAAAUCUGGGGGGAAAUCUGGAAGCUGUGUUAAACGUUUUUAAUUUUUAUUAAUGCUUAGGUUCCCUUAAGCCCACCCCUCCCCAACUUCCACCCCAACGCCUAUCAGCGGCCAGCGGUGAACUCUAUUUAACCCGACAUCCAAAUAUGAGUCAGUGCCCCUUCAACAGAAAUGGCUUCCCUGAGAAAGAAUUUCCAAUCGUAGUGUUGAUGACAUCAACCCUACCAUUAGCUCACUCCAUUAAAACCAUCUUCUCAAAACACAUACAUGUAGAGUUUAAUGUGAAACUUACAUUCUUACGAUAUCAGCCAGAUCAAACUAGAUCGUGUGGCCCUCGGCGACUUCCUGGAGAAAGAUGGUAGCAUUAAGGACCGGAACCUGCUGGGCGUCAUGACCGCCGUGGAAAAGGAGAUUGGUGAUCAGAUGAAGGACUACUACAUGGUCGAGUUAUCUGUAAGUCUUACUACGACAUGGUCGAGUUGUCUGAAAGUCUAAUUACUACAUGGUCGAGUUAUCUGUAAGUCUAAUUACUACAUGGUCGAGUUGUCUGAAAGUCUAAUUACUACAUGGUCGAGUUAUCUGUAAGUCUUACUACGACAUGGUCGAGUUGUCUGAAAGUCUAAUUACUACAUGGUCGAGUUAUCUGUAAGUCUAAUUACUACAUGGUCGAGUUACCUGUAAGUCUAUUACUACAUGGUCGAGUUAUCUGUAAGUCUAACUACUACAUGGUCGAGUUAUCUGUAAGUCUAAUUACUACAUGGUCUAGUUAUCUGUAAGUCUAACUACUACGUGGUCGAGUUAUAAGUAAGUAUAAUUACUACAUGGUCAAGUUAUCUGCAAGUCUAAUUACUGCAUUGUCGAGUAGUUAUUAAAAGACAAUAGUGAAACCAAUAGUGGGAUGUGUGUUUGUGAAAGCAAAAGGAGGAUGUGUGCUUGUGAAAGCAAUAUUAGGAUGUGUGCUUGUGAAAGCAAUAGUAGGAUGUGUGCUUGUGAAAGCAAUAUUAGGAUGUGUGCUUGUGAAAGCAAUAGUAGGAUGUGUGCUUGUGAAAGCAAUAGUAGGAUGUGUGAUUGUGAAAGCAAUAGUAGGAUGUGUGCUUGUGAAAGCAAUAUUAGGAUGUGUGCUUGUGAAGCAAUAGUAGGAUGUGUGCUUGUGAAAGCAAUAGUAGGAUGUGUGCUUGUGAAAGCAAUAUUAGGAUGUGUGCUUGUGAAAGCAAUAGUAGUAUGUGUGCUUGUGAAAGCAAUAGUAGGAUGUGUGCUUGUGAAAGCAAUAGUAGGAUGUGUGCUUGUGAAAGCAAUAGUAGGAUGUGUGCUUUUGAAAGCAACAGUAGGAUGUGUGCUUGCUUGUACUCUGUAGCACACACUCUCCACACAACAUCGUACCUGACCUCCUGUGUUUGCUUUUAAUUCUGUCCUCCUCACCCAAUUCGUUGUACAUUACAUUGUAUGUUGUUUUGUUUGGUCUUAAUUGAAACCCCACCACUUGCCUAUACAUGUCAUGUAGGUCAGUUGAUGUCAAGUCCAGGCUGAAACCUUCCAGUUGUUUUUGAAACGUUGCCUUUAGCGCAUGUGUGUGUGUGUUUAGACCACAAAUCAAUCUUCGACGAGCUGGUUGUCACGUGAGCUGGUUGUCACGUGAGCUGGUUGUCACGUGAGCUGGUUGUUAUGUGUGGUUUGUUUCUGAAAGAAUACACCAUAAAAUUAGGUCAAAAUGCUCUUUAAAAGGUAGAGCCAAAUAAUUGUAAUCUCUAUAUUUUUUAUUAAAAGAAGAAAAAAAAGAGAAUAAGAUAUUAUUAGGUGAAGUCAUUGGGCAUCACCAACGAGCAAGGCCAUGCCUAAAUGUGGACCGGGAGGGGGGGGGGGCGAAGAAGCCACCCGCCCCAGGCGCACGUCUUCAAGUGUUAUAAUAUAUUAAAUACAAGGGGAAGAGAGCGCCUAAAUCCAGACUUGGCCCCGGGUGCAGCUUUUGUUUGAUAUGGCUUUUCCAAAGAAUUAGUGGCGCGAUUCAAGUUAAGAACCCAUGUUUUUAAACAAAUGUAGAUUUUGAUUUGUUUGAAAGGCUGUCUUGUAUGCCAUGAAAGGCUGUCUUGUAUGCCAUGAAAGGCUGUCUUGUAUGCCAUGAAAGGCUGUCUUGUAUGCCAGGAAAGGGUGUCUUGUAUGCCAGGAUCGGCUGUCUUGUAUGCCAGGAAAGGCUUCUUGUAUGCCAUGAAAGGCUGUCUUGUAUGCCAUGAAAGCCUGUCUUGUAUGCUAUCGUGGAAAGCCUGUCUUGUAUGCCAUCGUGGAAAGCCUGUCUUGUAUGCCAUCGUUGACAUGCUGUCUUGUAUGCCAUCUUUGAAAGGCUGUCUUGUAUGCCAUCGUUGAAAGGCUGUCUUGUUUGCGAUUGAUAACAUUUCCCUUGACACUGCUUGAACUCAUUCUCCACAUUAUUUUCCAUGUAAAUAUAACAUACUUUCAUCGUACUCUCAUCACACUUUCAGCACACUUUCAUGAUAUUUUAAUAUAUAUAUUCCCCCCUCCCCCCACUUUUUAUCCAGGCAAGGGCGGUAAUUCGUGGUAAAACAGACGCCACACCGGAAGAGAAGAUGAUAACUCGCAUUCCUUCCUUCCGUAUCGGUCCACACACAGCCCCAAGGAUCAUACCUUCGAAUCUCGUGUAAGUGCUUACAUUGUAUUCGUACGCCGGUCGAUAAUCGAUCGUGACCAUUUCAACCGUCAGAUUGGUGCUGUGGCUGAGCCUGUCUGUGGGUGCGCAGAUGGCUGAGGAGCACGCAGUGCUUCUUGUGCAGAAGGUGCAUGGGAUGGACGGGACAACGCUUUGUAUUUUGUGCUCUGCAGCAGUUGUGCUGUUUGCCCCGUGUUUCAUGGAUCCUUUGUGUAAGGAGGAACGCCGCGGUCCUCGAUCCUUUGCGGACAGUUCGCACGUGUCCAGAUUAAAUUGAAACGCUUUCAGAGAUGCUUUCAGUGUGUCUUUAAAAGUUUUUUCUGCACCCCCCCCCAAGCAAACGGCUUGUCACGCUUGACUUCGCCACAAAAUAUUAUUUUGGGCAAGUGGUCUUUUGACAUUCUCACAAAAUGUCUUACCCAGCCAAACCGUGGCUGCAUCAAUAAGGUGUUUAUGCUGGGGGAGACUGUCUUAUGCGACAAGUCCUGCCAGACCUGCUUGUGCGAGUAGUUCGGUGACUGGGACCUUGUCCUGCCAGACCUGCUUGUGCGAGUAGUUCGGUGACUGGGACCUAGUCCUGUCAGACCUGCUUGUGCGAGUAGUUCGGUGACUGGGAACUUGUCCUGUCAGACCUGCGUGUGGGAGUAGUUCGGUGACUGGGAACUUGUCAUGCCAGACCUGCUUGUGUGAGUACCUCGGUUCAGACCUGCUUGUGCGAGUAGUUCGGUGACUGGGACCUAGUCCUGUCAGACCUGCUUGUGCGAGUAGUUCGGUGACUGGGAACUUGUCCUGUCAGACCUGCGUGUGCGAGUAGUUCGGUGACUGGGAACUUGUCCUGCCAGACCUGCUUGUGUGAGUACCUCGGUGACUGGGAACUUGUCCUGCCAGACCUGCUUGUGUGAGUACCUCGGUGACUCGGGCCUUGUCCUGCCAUUUUAUGAUGAGGAUUUUUCUCCUGCUCGUAGUGCUCUUUCACUUGCAUAUAGUCAGAUGCGUAUCGAGGGGGGGGGGCAGGGGGGACAGAUGUCCACGGGCGCAAGCGAGUUAGGGGCGCCAAAAUGUGCUUUGAUAUUAUUUUAUUGAUGAAAAUAAUGGGUUUGAGAGUUGAAAAAAAGAAAAGGGAGGAUUUAAAAUGGAGCUUGUCCCCGGGCGCGAAUCUUGUCCCCGUGCUCCAAACACCCUCGCUACGCCUCUGCAUAUAGUAGCCACCUUGUAAAAUUGAAGUAUCUAUCUCACUUAAAUGCCUUCAUUGUAGCACCAAUCUCACUUACAUGUUAACAUGUUAAAUUGACUUAACAGUUGUUUUAUUCGUGAAGACAUUCAGUCGAAACCAACAGUGUAUGUUUUGUUCUAUGUCUAAAACUUUCUUAUAUCCCUUUCUUAAUAUUUUCUUUUCAAACAGACGAACGCCCUAUACACAUGUAUUGUUAGGUUAUUGGCCUAAUUUUAUAUCAUCUAUAAAAAUAUCUCAUCCCAUCUAUACAAAUAUGUUAUCCCAUUGGUGUGUUCUAAAGUUCUAAAGCCCCAGGCACACGUUAUCUUGUUGCAGCAAAGAGAAAGAAGACGUGGAUGAGGUGAAGAACGUUGGCCUGCUGAGCCACGAGGAGGCCAGGGACAUUGUGGUCAAGACUCUGCUGGACAAGAAACGGGGCAGCUCGAAACACGUCGGGGCAGACAAAGGCACCCCGGAUAUGCCCUGGAUGCACAAGUAGGGGCACCGAGCACGGCACGUCCCGCCUAAAACAACCUUCUGUAGUAUGCGUUGUGGGAAUAAUAGGGAUUGUACAGUUUUGUUGUGUGGCGCAUACACUGUCACGGCAGUCUUGUAAAUGUCUGUGCUGAUGGUGAAGGCAGACAUGUGGCAAUAACGUCAGCAUUAACAAAAGAAGUCGCCGUCGAGAGAUUCACCGAGCAAACAAAAAUGAAUGAAUUUUGAUGUUUAAAUUCGAAGAUACCAAGAUAGGUGGAUAAGAUAACAUUGUUCCAUGCCCCCAUGUGUUUAUUUAUAAAACCAUUCAAUGCGCCAUCUUUUGUGUCCUCGCUUGUCAUGUACAUGUAUGAAUAAGGAAUAGAAUUGUGUCUAUCGGGAAAUGGUUGACUAUAGAUGGAGUGGUUGUCUAGAGAUGGAAUGGUUGUCUAGAGAUGGAAUGGUUGUCUAGAGAUGGAAUAGUUGUCUAGAGAUGAAGUGGUUCUCUAGAGAAGGAAGGGUUGUCUAGAGAUGGAAUGGUUGUCUAGAGAUGGAAUGGUUGUAUAGAGAUGGAAUGGUUGACUGAAAAUGGAAUGGUUGUUUAGAGAUGAAAUGGUUAUCUAGAGAUGGAAUGGUUAUCUCAAAAUGGAAUGGUUGUCUACAGAUGUUGUCAUGCCAUAAAUGAUUUGUUUAAUCGGCUUUUAAGCUAAUAUAGUAAUUAAUUGUUGGUACUUUUAAGCUAAUAUAUUAAUUAAUUGUUGGUACUUUUAAGCUAAUAUAUUAAUGAAUUGUUGGUACUUUUAAGCUAAUAUAUUAAUGAAUUGUUGGUACUUUUAAGCUAGAGCUCCACUAAACUUUGAUAACUUUAAAAUGUACAUGUAUAUUAUAAUAUAUAUCUUUUGAUAGCACUAUGCUCCCAGUCAGCGGUGCUCAAUUUGUGGGUCUAGUCGGGCCGCAUGCAAUCUCUCUUAAAGGGAAACAAGAAGUUCCAUAUUCCAUAAUUCUGGUAGGAAUAAUCAAUGAAUCC